GCUCCCGCGGCGAUGCCCCGGAAGGCGGGCGCCCGGGAGGACGGCCCCGAGGAGGUGGGCCCGGAAGGGUCGGACGCCGCGGAGUCCAGCUCGGCGGCGGCGAUGGAGGCCGGGCGGCCGCGGCCCGUGCUGCGCUCGGUGAACUCGCGCGAGCCGUCGCAGGUCAUCUUCUGCAACCGCAGCCCGCGCGUCGUGCUGCCCGUGUGGCUCAACUUCGACGGCGAGCCGCAGCUCUACCCGACGCUGCCGCCGGGCACGGGCCGCCGCAUCCACAGCUACCGAGGUCACCUGUGGCUCUUCAGAGAUGCAGGGACAUGUGAUGGGCUUCUGGUGAACCAGACCGAAUUGUUUGAGCCAUCCCUCAACGUUGAUGGACAGCCUAUUUUUGCCAACAUCACACUGCCAGUGUACACCCUGAAGGAGCGCUGCCUGCAGGUUGUGCGCAGCCUGGUGAAGCCCGAGAACUACAGGAGGCUGGACAUCGCCAGGUCACUCUGCGAGGACUUGGAGGACCGCCCAAACGUGGAGAAAGAUCUGAAGCGGCUCACCCAGGAGCACAUCGAAAACCAGCAGCUGGAAGAAGAGACCAGAGGAUUUACUUUCAAUUAGCAUUCCUGCUCUCAGUGUUUGAUGGCACUGGUGAGUCUUGGCCUAGAGGACUUAGCAACUAUUGACUUACUCUUGGUAAAGUAAAAUAUGCUCCAUUGCUAAAAAGAAAGUGAACUAACUCGGCGGGCCUGGGUUGUCCGGGGACAAACACCACCCAGUGUCACUGAAUCCCUGCUCGCUUGAAGUGCUCACCAGGAAGAAACCUUGCAUGUCUGCCUCCUGUAGGACAGGCCAUCUCAGCGGAAGGUGUUUGGGGGAGCCACGCAGUAAGAAUUACAGCGCGUUCUUCGGUUGCAAGGAAUCGGGGCCCGAGCUUCGCACGGGUAUAGUGCGGCUGGAGGACUUGGUGUUCUUGGUGCAAGGACGGGCCUUUCUGCUCCAGAGGCCAGGCCUCCCCCGUUGGGAGCCUUCAGUGCCUGUAGCCGUGAAUAAGAGCAUUUGCUGGCCAAGAGAAGGCCGGCCCCAAAGGAAACAGACCUCCUCAAGGGAAUCAUUUUUCUAGUAAACUUUUUUCUAGUUUUCUAGGUCUCACACUCCUUUAGCAAUGCUGUUUUGUUUCCGUUUCUAAACCACACUAAGCUGAUUGUAAUGCUCAGAGUGUUUUUAUAAUGUGACAUCAAUAUGGAAAGUACCAGAAAAGGGUCAUCCAGUUUAAUUCUGAUAAUUCAAGUGUUACUGUAGAUGAGUAUAAGCCAGAUGUGGGUUGUUGUUUUUUUUUUUUUGCAACAAAAUUUCUCUUGGCUUCGCAUUGUGAUCCCCUACCUCCGUCUCCCUGUGGUCAGCAUUUGCAUUAGCAGGAGCUGGGCUGCCCUCCACCCUUGGGCCAGUUAUUCCUGGGUUACCUGGAAUGUUUUACAGUCUUUUGAGUGGACACAUUUUUUUCUUACAAGUUAGUCUGGAAGUUUGUAAUUCAAAUUCAAUAUUUAACAUCAGACAUUUUAUAAGUAAAUAGUGUACAAGAAAAUAGCUGGGCGCUGGAGGCUCACAC